AUGGCUCUUGAUGAAUAUGCUAAUACAAGUAAAAAAGGAAAGAACAGAAAUUCUGGACCACCUCGUAGAGGAGGACGCGUUUCAACUUCACAAUUGGGCAGUGCAUCAAACAACAGAAAUGCUCGUUUUAGAAAUGCUCCUUACGAACGACAGCGUCCCUCAAGAGGCGAUAUCAAUGGAAAAUGGUCUCAUGAUCUCUACGACGACGGACGUUCCAAUAAUAAUCGCCGGUCUAACGUUGCAAAUAUUCGACGAGUUUCAUCAAAUUCUUCUGGUAAUUCUAAACUCGUGAUUGAAAAUUUAUUCUAUGAAGUUACUCAAGAUGAAAUUCAGGAUUUAUUUUCCGAGUGUGGACCUGUGAAAAAAGUCUAUUUGCAUUAUGACCGUGCUGGACGAAGUACUGGCGUUGCAGAUGUUACUUUUGAAAAUUCUCAUGACGCCGAAACGGCUCUAAGAAGAUAUAAUGGGAAAACUCUUGAAGGUAGUUCUUUAACAAGUGAUGUGCGUGGUUCAUCCGAAGGCGCUUCUGUCUUGGAUCGCCUAGGCGGAGCACGCGGUGGUUUAGUGAAUGUUUCCGAUAAUCGACGGAAAUUGUCAAAUCGAAAACCUGUCACAUACGAUGAUUUAGACGCUGAUUUGGAUGCUUAUAUGGCCAUUGAUGACGGACCCACACCCGGAAAAAAUCCAUCAACAGGAGUAAACGUUGAGAAUGGAAUGGACUUGUCAUAG